AUGUUGAAAUGUUGGGCGGAUUUACCAGGGUAUCAUGAUUACAUGAUGGACCAGUGGAGGUUCUUUCAAGUGGAUGGGUGGGGCAGAUAUGUGUUGAAGGAAAAAUUGAGGUAUGGGGAGGUAGGGGCGGAUGAGUUCUGGGUCAUAUGGGGGUAUGUAUGGUGGAAGAUCGUGAACAAGAUCCGUCUAGGGGUUGGGUUGAGUGUUCCUGGGUGUCUGAGUAAUAAUAAUGAGUGUUAUGUUGGAAAUGGGGUAAAUUCUUUAUUCUGGAGGGACCCUUGGUUGGAGGGAGGAGUUUUUAUGUCUAGAUUAUGCAGGAUUUUUGAGCUAUCGGAGCAUAAGGAGGUUAUUGUAACAUAUAUGUUUGCUUUAGGGUGGGAGUGGAUGGAGAAGUUUGGAGUUGGCGUAGGAGGCUGUUUGUGUGGGAGGAAGAGUUGA